AUGUUUCAAAAUAAUGAACAAUCAAAUUCACUUGAGCAGGAAAAUGAUACUUUCAUAGGUGACUCUAUUCGACACCUUCAGGAAUUACAAUUAAGCAGCGCACAGAUAAACAGGGUAAGUGAUUUUGAGAAAACAGUUCCAAUUGUUGUGAAUGAUGUGUACGUAUUUGUCGAACCCGAUAGCGGUGCAGACGUCAAUGUGAUGGAUGAAUUUCAGUUCAAAACAUUUCAAAAGAAAUUGUCGGUACCAAUAUCUCUGGUCAAUAGUAUGACAAAACUCAAUACUCUUCAAAAUAGACUCAAUGUAAUAGGAGAGUUUAAAGCAAUAGCCAGGAAUCAGACGAGAGGGACAGAAACCAAAUUUGUUGUAACUGGAGGAAAAAUAAACUCCGCUCCUUUAUUAGGUCGACAAACAUUGAUUGAUUUAGGAAUGCUUAUGAUACAACCUGAUGGUUCUUUGAAGAAACAAAAUGAAUUAAGAAUACCAGACCCAGUACAUAUCAAAUCUGUUCUUAAUGCACAAAAUGCAAAUUACAUUGAUCAAAUUAUGACGGAAUAUGAGGAUGUUUUCAAAGGAGUAGGAAAAAUUCAAGACAAACAAACGGGUGAAGAGGUUUUGGUAAAAUUUUCUAUGAAACCAGAUGCAACACCUGUAGCUCAGAAACCAAGACCAGUACCAUAUUAUUUGCAAGACCCUUUAAAGAAAUGGAUAGAUGAAUGCAUCGAACAGGACAUUUUUGAGCGAGUAAAGAAUGGAGAAGUUGUGACGUGGUGCUCGCCGCUAGUGGUACAACCAAAGCCGAGAUACAAUGAGAUAGACAAAAUGAAAUUGGAGCCACAUAUGAUACGAGCAAGUGUUGACCUGAGAGUACCAAACAAGUUCAUGGAAAGAAGCAGAAUUUUACAGAGCCCAAUAGUAGAAGACGUUACGUACAAAUUUCAUGAUUGCACAAUAUUUUCAAAAAUGGACUUAAAACAAGGUUACCAUCAACUUGUACUACAUCCAGAUUCGAGGAAAUUUGCAACUUUCAGUACACCAUGGGGGAAUAUGAGACCUAAGAGACUUAUAUUUGGGGAAAAAUCGUCACAAGACCUGUUUGAUGAAGCUAUGUACAGGAUAUUUGGAGAUAUACCAAACUGCCUCAACCAACGAGAUGACAUUCUGAUUGGGGGAAAAACUUAA